AUGAUUUCUGAUAUAAAAGCGUUUAUCAAAAAGCUUGAGUUUUGGGAACAAAACUUAAUCGAUGGCGAUACCAGGCAUUUUCCUGUUUUUUCAAAAAGUAUAUUUCUAAGUCCAUUAGAACUAUAUGACAGUAAAUGUCAUGUAGAAAUAGUCUCUAACUUGAAGGAUAACGUCAAAAAUCCGAAGACAUCGCUGCGACAGAAAUGGAAGUGAUUGCGUUUCAAAAUGAUUUAGC